UCAACAUGUACGAAUGCGAAUCUCUAGCAAAGACACACACAAAUUUGCCUUUAGUUCGGCUGCGCUGCUCCGGCAGCAAUUGGCUGCCACUGCAGCAGGAUUGGUCCACACGCUGGUGUACAGUGCCCGAAGGCUACGCUGCCAGCCGCGUGCAUGCGCUGGAAACGCGCGACGACGACGUCUUUGUGGUAACGUAUCCAAAGUGCGGCACCACUUGGAUGCAGGAGCUCGCCUGGCUACUGCUCAACCAGCUCGAUUUUGAGCGUGCGAGCAGCGUCUAUCUAAGAGAGCGCAGCAUAUUUUUAGAAUACUCGGGCAUAUCCAAACAUAAGCGCAGGGAUACGAUUCAGCUGUGUGAGCAACUGGCAAGUCCACGCCUCAUCAAAUCCCAUCUGCCUGCUCAGUUGCUGCCACGUCAAGUUUGGCAACACAAGCGCAAGAUUAUCUAUGUAGCUCGCAAUCCCAAGGAUGUGCUAGUGUCCUCUUAUCACUUCUUCGUGGGCCUGGAAUAUUGGACAGGCGAUUUGAACACAUAUGUGGACGAGUUUAUAAACAAUCAGCUUGUCUACUCUUCCUACUGGGCGCAUAUUGUAGAUUUUUGGAGACUACGGCAUGAUCCUUAUGUAUUUUUUGUAACCUAUGAGCAAAUGAAACGCGAUUUGAAGAGCGUCAUUGAAAAGUUGAGCACAUUUCUUGGUGUCAAUAGCUUGAGUGCGCAGCAACUGGAGCAACUUAUAGGUCACACUUCAUUUGACAAUAUGAAACAAUCAAAAUAUGCCAAUGCGACUGGUUUGUUGAAGGAAACUCAGAAAACUUCAACAGAUUUUGAAUUUAUGCGUCGCGGCAUAGUUGGAGCAUUCAAAGAUGAACUAAGUGAGUGUCAAAAACAAAAACUGGAUAAAUGGACUGCUGACUGUUUGAGUGAAUUUAAUCUUACGGAAACUGACAUAUUCGGUCAGCUAUAA